AUGGGUCGCUAUACUGGCAAUUCAUGCCGUUUGAUCGUCAUCUCAACCCUGACCCUGGCCUUGUUCCUGGCAGAACUGGUGAUCGGCUACAUGGGGAAUGCUGUGACACUCACCUCGGACUCCUUUAAUGUGUUCUCCCACCUGCUCUCAAUAAUAGUUGGCUUCUUUGGGGUGCAGCUGAGCCACGUGCACCGCCAUCGUAGGUUCACCUUUGGGUUGACACGUGGCGAGGUGCUGGGCGCCUUCUGCAAUGCCGUCCUGGCCACUGCGUUCAUGUUCACUGUGCUGGUGGCAUCCUGCAUCCGGCUGGUGAGGGCACGGAGCAUGAACAAUGUGGGUCUGGUCCUCAUCAUGGGCAUCGUGGGGCUGGUGUGCAACAUCAUCUCCUAUAUCGUCUUCAUGGACUGUUGCUCGUCCAGUGCCCCAGCUAGACCAAAAGGGCUGGUUGGGUAUGGUUAUAGUUACCACACUCAAAACAAUCCCGAAAAGAAGAGGCAGAGCCAGGCUACGGCGCUCAAUAUCAGAGGUGUUCUCCUCCAUGUCAUGGGGGAUGCCCUGGGCUCGGUGGUGGUGGUGGUGGCUGCCUCUAUCUUCUACGCCCUGCCCCUCCCCCCGGACACCCCUUGUAACUGGCAGUGCUACGUGGACCCCAGCCUUACCAUCAUCAUGGUGAUCAUCAUCCUGUCCUCCGCAUUCCCACUCAUUAAGGAGACCACCGCCAUCCUGCUGCAGAUGGUGCCCCGUGGUCUGCGAGUAGAUCACAUCAGGGAGGCUCUGGCCCAGGUUCCAGGUGUGCUCAGUAUCCACGAGCUGCACAUCUGGGAGCUGGCAGCGGGCCGAAACAUUGCCACAGUGCACCUGAAGUGCGGCGACUCAGAGGUCUUCCAAGGGGUGUCCCGGCAGGUGCGAGAGAUCUUCCAUAAUGCAGGGUUGCACGCCGUCACCAUCCAGCCCGAAUACACUAAAGAGGACCAGGACCUCCUGAUCUGCAACGCCCCCUGCCUGUCGGAGGACUGCCGGACUCUGGGCUGCUGCAACACCACUCACCUCAGCACUAAUGCAGAGAGGAGUGACGUGCUGGGCAUCACCAUCCUGCCAGAGCACUGCCCCUCGCAGUACAGCAGAGACAAUGCGGUGCUCAAGGUCACACAGUUGUAG